AACAUUUGCCACCAAAUUACACACAUUCUCUCUCUAAAACAAGCCUUCAGAUUUGCAGAGAACUGUGACCAAAAAGAGCUUUGGCUUCUUCUUGCUAGCUCUCCUCUUCUUCUCUAGCUAGGCCUCUGUUCACGGCUUUGCUGCGUCUCUCACCAAAAAAGUAGAGAAAAAGAAUCUAAUGGAGUACGAGCGGAUACACAAAGUUCAGACUGGUAUUUUAUCUCCGAGUAAGCUGAGGAUGAAGCUUAUGGGGCCGCACCAUCAGAAGAAAAAAGAUGGAUCAAACAGUAAUUCUUCGAGAACAUCUCCUGCUAGGAUGGAAGAUUCAGAGUUUGUCAAGAACAGCUUGUUGGCAGCCGAGAAUGAGGAUUUUGGAGAGGAAGUGUCGAAUUUAGAGGUUUUGCAAGUUAAGUCAGAUGGUGUUACCUCGGAUGCUAGCCAAGGAAAUGCGAAUUCGUUGCAGUCGAAGGAGCUCGGAGGAAAGGAUAGUGGCGACGCUAGUCGUUUUAGAAUGCAGCUUCUUUCGAAGGGAGAUACCGGUAAUUCAAGUUCUGUCCACCCGGUUAGAAUGUGUGAGGAUGAGAACCUUGAUUAUGAUAGCACCUCGAGCUUUGAGUUCCACAAAGGGGAGAGGUCGCUGCACCAUUCGAUGACAAGAUCGUUCUCGAGGCCAAUGUCCUCGAAAUGGAACGAUGCGGAGAAGUGGAUUAUGAACAAGCAAAAUGUGCAAUCCAAUAUGUCAAAGAAGGCCAACAUCCAGAAUCAGGUGAACAGGCAACCAGCCACGAAUGUGGUGAGAGUUGUGCCAGAAUCUACGAGUUCUGAGAACAAGCCAUGGGUGAAGAGGGUUGAUUUUUGCCAAUCUGCUUCGCAGGCGGGAUUGGGGUGCCCGGAAAGUAAGGAUUUAUCUGAGGUAGAUGAUUCAAAUAUGCCUUGCACCAAGACUGUAACAGACGAAACAACAGUUCCUGCCAUAAGAUCAGUGUCGAUGAGAGAUAUGGGAACAGAAAUGACUCCUAUUCCGAGCCAAGAGCCAUCGAGGAGUGUUACACCAGUAAGUGCAACAACCCCACUCCGUAGCCCAACGUCUUCUAUACCUUCUACUCCUCGGAGGGGGGAGCCAGCACCCACGCCAACGGAGCGACCCAUCAGCAAUUCCACGCAGAACCUGGCUGAACAUGCUAAGAAGGAAUUGUCUGAGCAAGAACAAAAGCUUAAAACGAGAAGGGAGAUUGUAGCCUUGGGCGUUCAACUCGGUAAGAUGAAUAUUGCCGCUUGGGCAAGCAAUGACGAGAAAGAUAAGAGUAAUUCUGGGAAUGAAGCCAUAGACAACGAUGAGCUCGCACAGAUUGAGUAUGCGAAACGUGCAGCAGCCUGGGAAGAAGCUGAGAAAGCUAAGCAUGCUGCCAGAUAUAAACGCGAAGAAAUAAGAAUUCAGGCAUGGGAGAGUCAGCAGAAAGCAAGGCUUGAAGCUGAAAUGAGACAAAUAGAGGCACAAAUCGAGCAAAUGAAAGCGCAGGCUCAAGCAAAGAUGGUGAAGAAGGUAGCAAUGGCUAGGCAAAAAUCAGAGGAAAAACGAGCUGCAGCCGAAGCUAGAAAAAACCAACAGGCUGAAAAAACUGCGUCGCAAGCAGAAUACAUCCGCCAAACGGGCCGUAUCCCUUCUUCCCCCUUCAUCUGCUGCGGUUGGUCAUAACCAAGCCUGGACAUUCACACGAGCAAAACUUCGCACCAGAAUAUGCAGAACAAUGCACUCCGUGGGAAUAAAUAUGUCUAUGUUAGAAUCACCAUUGUGGUAGUGCUUUUCCAUAAUUGUUCUCACCAAUCCAUCUAUGUAUCUAUUGACAAUCAACAAUUUCAAGCCUUUGGAUUGAACUGCAGAUAUUUGCAGCUAUACAUGCCCUCAUUCACACCCUGUGUAUAGUUUUGGUGUAAACUCUGUCAUUUUUCUUCUCAUAGUUUGCUAUCAAGUUGUGUCAACUUAAACUA